AUGUCUCUUUCCAAGUCUUUCGCUUGCGGACAUCCUUUCACCAGGUGCUACAGCACGUUCCUGAAAGCGCAGGAAGAAUCGCCAACAUUGGUCCUUGCUCAUGCACGGAUCGGCGAUGAAGGUGCACGCGAAAUUGCGGAGUUUGCCAGCAAGAGUGUGCACUUGCGUCUCUUGGACCUCACUGGUUGUGGCAUUACGUCGACUGGAAUGCUCCAGAUCGCGGAAGCACUGCAGUGUAGCCUGACUUUGGAAAGCCUGAUUCUCCGGCACAACGAGAUCACUUCUGGGCCUGCUGGUGAGGAGGCUUUGGCGUCCUUCUGCCAAGCUGCGCAGAACAGCCCCUCCUUGAGGCACCUGGAUCUCCGCUACACCGGGCUCUGUGGCGAGGCCGCCACUCUCCACAUCGCCUCGAUUCUCGAGGGCAACGGGGCUUUGUCACAUCUGGAGCUUUCUUGGAACCCGCUGGGAGCUUCUGCUGGUCAGGUCCUUCUGAAAAGCAUUCGUGCCACUUCGGGGCUUUUCGAUUGCCAACUCAGUGGCUGCAGGCUAGCUGAUGAGACCAUGCAGGAGAUAGCCGAGCUGUUGGUUCGGAACAGAAGGGCGCACGGAGAGAAGACAUCUGUGGGUCCGUACAAGGGAUCAUGGAUUCGGAACGAUGCUGCACUGGAGGGGUUCUCUGAUGGCAAGGAGCGUGCCAUGCCACCAGGUUCACGCAGCCAGGGACAGGCAGCUGCUGCGAACUACCCGUUGCGAUUUGCAGUUGCCAACAUCCCUGGCAACACCGUUGUCUCCGAUGCCAAGACGGAGGAGUUGGUUGAAAGGCUUUUCGACUGGCGGCAGAAAUUCCUUCUCGAGUCAUCAGGGAAUGACAAGGCCGCGCGUGUGCACGAUCCAGUUUCAAGCAUGGUUGCAGCGGUGGCCGUGCCACCGCUAGACUUGGGUGGCAUGAAUGUCACACCUGCGCUUGCGCCGAUUGAAACGCUCGGUGGCGAGGUGACUUACAAGCUCGGAGGCAUGUUUUGGCCGGCGCGCUGCUUCGCGCGCCUCCACGGGGACCUGCUGCUCAUCCAGCGGAAGGGCAAGCAACAGGCAGCAGUGGUGCUGCAUGCUGCGACUGUGGAGUUCAGAGCACCGACCACGGUGCGAAUCGAGGCUCCAGGUAGUCCUUUGCUUGCCAUCCAACUCGACACUGCUGAAGAAGCCGAGCGCUGGGCAUUGGCUCUGAAGCAGGCUGCGAAGCGUUCGAAGGGUCUCAAGGAUCUCCUGAGCUCGGACGUUGUUCCGUUAAUGCUGAGUCCACGGAGUGAGCAAGAGGAGCAAGAAGCAGAGGAGCGCCUUCAGAGUCUGCGGGUGCGCAUAUCCGAGAUUGAAGCCGAGAAAGACAGCACAGUCAAGGAAGUCAAGCAAGAGUUGGAAGCGCAACUGGUUGAGGCGGAGGCUGCAGUUAAAGAAGCCCUCAAAGAAGCGGACAGUGCGGUUUGCGCCCGCCGCGAGGCAGAACAGCGUGCCCACCUUGCGGAGCAGGCUACCAAGACCGCGGAGGCCGAGCACCAGCGACACUGCAAGGAGCUCGAAGCAGCCCAGGAUCAGCUGCAGGAGGAGCUGAGGGAAAUGAGGCAGAAGCUCGAUCUGGAGAUUGCAUCUCGCAAAGAGGUGGAAUCAAAGCUAGAGUUGCGGGACGAGGAGCUUGCCACAGCAAAAUCCGACUUGGAAUCCUUGACUGACGCCCAUGAGGCGCAGAUCAAGCUUGGCCAGGAACAUGCCAACAAACUGGACGAGCAACGGCGGAGCCUUGAAGCUCUGGAGGCGGAGAAGCAGAGCUUGCUUCACCAGCCACGAGCCUAG